AUGCUCCCCCUCCCAACGCUCAUCUCCCUCCUCCCCCUCCUCCUCUGCGCGCACGCAGCGCCACUGGGCUACGGCUCGUGGUACCAGCCGGACGUGCCGCAGCCGUCCGCCCUCCCGCCGACGCCCGAGGGCGGGUGGCCCAAGAACCCCGACGGGACCGACAACCUCCCCACCAGCUGGAGCGAGACGUACGACCCUUCCACGGGCGCGAUGGUCGUCGACGUCGUGUACGGCGCCGAUGUCGUCGUCGUGGGCGACGGCGGGUACCAGACUGGCCCGGCGGCGCCGGGCGCGACGGGCGUGUCGGGCGACCCUAAUGCGGCGUCGUUCAACGCUGACCCGGGGUACGAUACCAGCGACGCUGGUGCCGGCGACAACACAGACUACAGCGCCGACGACGCCGCGCCGAGCGACGGCACAGACUACGGCUCCGUCACCGACUACUACACUCCCGCCGCUACGGACGCGGCCUGGCGCCGCCAGGACCCCACGCCGACCGAUGCCGCGUGGGACCCGAGUGCCGAUACCCCGUCUGACCCGUCGUCGUGGGAUGCUGCUCCCUCAGACUGGACGGACCCGGGCGCCACCGACCCGAGCUACGACGCACCGACGCCCACCGCGUGGCUUGGCGACGCGAGCACCGCCGACCUCAGCCAGCAGGGCGUUCCCGGUGCCGCGGACGCCAUCCGCCAGUGGAUGAGCGCGCUCAGGUGGCCAUUCCAGCAGCAGCCCCCGGCGCCGACGCCGACGACGCUGAUCCUCGCGCCGCCCGGCUGGGGGGAGGGCACGACCGUGAGCCUCAAGUGGCGCGGCAUGCCCACCGCCGUCGUGGCCAAGCGCGAUUGGGUGCAGGACGACUCGGGCAACUGGGUCUGGGUCGACCCCACGCCGACCGCCGCGACCGCCGCGCCGACUGAGCCGCCCGCCGUCGCCGACCCGUGGGUGCGCCCCGUGCCCUGGCGCGACCAGCCGGCCGAGUACACGGUCGACGGGAUCGUGCACUACGACUACACCGGCACGGGGCUGUGUAACUGGGGCCUGGGGCAGAACGGCGACCUGCUGAACGCGUACAUCCAGUGGAUGAACACGCACACCUUUGCGCCGGGCGAGACGAUCCCCCCGAUGCGGCGCCGCGGGGCUGUGGCCACGCCGGCACCGACGCCCGGUGCGAGGUUCAGCAGGCCGCCGUACCACGGCGGACCGGUGCACGCCAUCUCUGACCUCGCUGCGGCGCCUACCGCCACGCCAGCGCCCAACGCCGCCGGUGUCCACGCUCGCGCCGAGGCCGAUGCAGCAGCGUACGUUGGCGAUCCUGAACCACCGCUCACGGCCGCAGCUGCUGAAACCCACGCCAGUGCCACAAACGCUGAAGAAUCGACAUCAUCGGUGUCUCCAGCAACCGCUCAUUCGUCCGAUGAAGACGCGCCGGCCGUGUCCCCGCUCCUCGAUGAUGCUCAGGAAGCUUCAUUCCUCCAUAACCACGCGCUGGCCGCCUUGUCCCGUCCCAAGUUCUCCUUCUUCGCGCUGGGCGCGUCGACACCUCCUUCACCCGACGCGCCGGUCGCGUCUGAUUCGCCUCACCUGUCCACCUUGUCAUCCCGUGAUGACACUUCAGACUCUGUGGCUCCUCCUGAGGACCCAGCCACUUCCGCUCCAGAUUCACCAACUGUGCCACCCGACUCACCGGUCCCGGACACACCAGUCUCGGUCUCCGAAGCACCAGCCCCCGAUACUGCCACCUACGACCCGUGGCCUGACACUUCAUCCCCACCCGAAGAGCCUUCCCCGUCAUGGUCGUCAGACACGCCGUCUCCCUGGGAUGCACCCGCAGAUGCCACUAUCGCCGUGACCGACUACUAUGCUGAACCCACCGACACCUCGUCCCAGCCCGCUGAGCCAGUCGCGCCCGCCCCGACCCCAGUAGCCACCACCCUCCCGCCCCUAUUCCCCACCGGGAUAUUUGCCACGGCGACGCUGCCUACAUACGACGGCCCGCCCCUGUGGACUGGGGACGCCAUCACACGCCCGCCUGCCCCCGGACCUGACCCGUGCGGUGCGGCAGCCAUGCAACACUUCAAGCGCUGGACGCGCGACGACGGCCACUUCCCUGCCGCCACGGGGUGGAUGACCCAGCUCUUCCCCGGCGACGGGCAGUGCUUCGGGCCCACCACGACUGAAGACCAUAACAUGGGACACGCCGUCACGGCCAUGGAGAUGGUCAUGGACCUUAAGAUGACCAAGUUGCCCGCGUGGAUGCAGACCCUCGCCAUCCCUCAUGCCUCUGCGAGGUAG